AUGUCUGGCCGUGGAAAGCAAGGAGGCAAAGCCCGUGCCAAGGCUAAGACCCGAUCGUCCCGCGCCGGACUCCAGUUCCCGGUUGGUCGUGUGCAUCGUCUUCUUCGCAAGGGGAAUUACUCCGAGCGAGUGGGAGCUGGAGCGCCUGUGUACUUGGCUGCCGUGUUGGAAUAUCUCACUGCUGAGAUCCUGGAGUUAGCUGGUAAUGCCGCCCGCGACAACAAGAAAACGCGUAUUAUUCCGCGUCAUCUUCAGCUGGCUAUCCGCAACGAUGAAGAGCUCAACAAACUGCUGGGGAAAGUCACUAUCGCCCAGGGUGGAGUGCUGCCCAACAUCCAGGCCGUGCUGCUGCCGAAGAAGACCGAGAGUCACCACAAGGCUAAGGGCAAGUAA